CAGAUAAAAGCCGUAAAUCCUGCCACUUUUGUGCUAAUAAUUCUUAGACUUUAAUAAAUCAAGUUAACAUUAUAUCUGGCUCUAAUUUUGAAGCGAACACUUUUAAAAAGGAAUUAUCUACAUUGACCCCAUCAAAGAUCGUGAAAAUUUGAAACUAUUUUGCUGAUCAAGCGAACAUUAAUUUACAACCAAUUAAGCGGAAUUUUAGAGACAGCUAAAGAAGGUAACAUCGUAGACGCCGUGGAACAUAUUAAUUAGAAACCAAGGAGCGAAAGGGAUUGAGUGACUUAAAGAAAAUAUAUUUUCGUAGCGUAACAUGGACCUAAAGAUGGAGAGAUUCUUUAUUUUGAAUACACUUACACUGAUAUUGAUAAUAUCCGUGGAAAGAACCAGUGUGUUGUCUUGCCCAACAAACUGUAGAUGUAGAGGAAAGGCUGUAAAAUGUUCCUCGGGUUUCUCGUCAUUUCCGGCUGGAUUAGACGCCACAACAGUAUAUCUUUCAAUAUCCGGAACUGAAUCUCAAAAGAACACAAUCUCUUCCUUAAGCAAAACGGACAUCCAAGGGAUACAGUCCCUGUUUACUCUAAUCAUAACAUACAGUGGUGUUCAGACUGUCCAAAAUGAUGCUUUCUCGAUCUUAAGUAAUCUUCAUGAUCUUAGCUUGGCAGAUAAUGACAUAAGAACUCUCACAGCUGAUUCGUUUAAAGGACUCACAAAAUUAAGGACGCUUGACCUAUCCGGAAAUACAAAUUGUAAACUGGACAAAAACGUUUUAACACACAUUUCUGGCUUAGAGGAACUUAACCUUGGAAAUAUGAAUCUUCAAAACUUAGAUAAAGAUUUCUUUACGAAUUUGGCACAACUAAAGAAUUUAAAACUGUAUAUGAAUGGAAUUAAGGAAAUACAUCAAGAUGUAUUAGCACCUCUUAAAGCGCUAAAAACUUUAGAUCUUAACGGGAACCGUCUUCUCGGGCUUCCAGUAGAGCUGAAACCAAUGUUUAAUAAUAUGAAUGUGCACUUUUCGGAAAAUCCAUGGCAGUGUAACUGCCAGUUGCUAUGGUUACGGGAACUUCCGGGAAAGUUAGUAUCCAGUCCUAUUGACACAAGCGAAAUCAUUUGUAAUGGACCAAAGAGCCUUAAAUAUCAUUCUUUUGUAAAUGUUCCUGAAAGUAAUUUCAUUUGUAUUCCGCCGAAAGUUAUUAGAUGCGAUCAGACAAAAUAUUCACUGGAUGUGAAUCUCAGACUUACAAUUUCUUGCGAAUACGAAGGAGACCCUAUUCCCGAGGUGAAAUUCGUUCGUCCCGAUGGCUUUGAAAUUGAUGGUAGAGACACGGUGAGCGGUAAAUACGAACUAAGCGAGAAUGGUACGCUAACAAUCUCAAGCGUGGCUAUAGAGGACGAUGGCGACUGGACGGUGUCAGCCUAUAAUAAAACCGCCCAUGGUGAUCUGAAAGUCAAUGUGCAUGUUAUUAUUACUACGACUUCUACAACAACAACAAGUACUUCGACGACUUCCACAACCACCUCCACCACAACCACCACCACAACAACCACACCUACGACUACUUUAAAAUUGACACAAGGUAAAACUACGUCGAAGUUAGCAAACGGGCCGUUGGCGUCUGCUUUAUCCCAAAACCCGGUCGUUGCUACACAGGCAGGGGCGACGCAGGCGGGGGUGACGCAUCAACAGCAGGCGGGGGCGACGCAUCAACAGCAGACGGCGAAACCUAAAUCUACAAUAAACCCUGACUUGUUGGGACCGGUAGAUGUGAUAGAUACGCGUUCUACAAAGAAGGUAGAUAGCACUACACAGUCUGUCAGAGACGGCAAAGACAAAGUAGAGACAGUGAUAAAAGAGAAUCCUAUAAAUUAUGGACUAAUGGCGGCUUCCGCUGCUGGAGGGGGGACGAUUGUCGGUAUAAUCUGUAUCAUCGUGAUGUGCUGUAAGAAAAAACAAAACAAUGAGAAAAACAAGAUUUCUCCUUUUGAAGACGACUUUGAUUUAUGAAAAGAUUAGGUAAUUAUCUAUGAAAUGCGACGCUUAUAUUUCGUACUUGUGUGAUAACCGCUAGAGUAAAGGAUAAAAAUGAGUGAAAUAUAAAAAUAAUUUUAUACCGCAACUUGUUAAACGAAGCAGUCAUGUGAUUGCAAAGAAGGUUUGAGCUUUAAUGUAUUUAUGCCAACACAUACGAUACCUCAUUUUUUCUCUGUCGUUUUUUUUUCUGUUUUAAGUGUCUCUCAUUCUAUAUUUUUCAUUUACUAUGUACGCAUUGACGUAAUAUCUUAUUUUUAGGGGUUUUAACAUUCAUUUUUGUUUUAUGUUAUUUUUAAGAAACACGUUGCUUUAUUAAAUAAUAUUCAUAAAUAUAAAACAACAUCUAAAUUUUCUUGCUUUUAAAUUAUUUCCUGUUGAAUCUGAAAAUCAUUUUAUUUUGAGCCAUCAUUGAUAAAGCGAUCCCACUAUUAUUUGGGCUUUUGACUGAUUUCAUUCGUUCCUAAUUGUUUUGUUUUUUGUUUCUGUCCAUUUCAUAUUUGAUAUGUUUUCAUGUGUCAUUUAAAUUCUGAAUAAGCAAUUACCUUAUAACUAUAGGGAGAAAUCCCUAUAAAUUCUAAAGCCUCGUUAAAAUCAAAGGUAUUUUGAAACCGUUCCAGUGGCCUUAAAUGACCAAUCUUUGUGUAAACUGCUAAUGUAUACUUUACUUCUCCAAUCUACAGUAGAUAUUCAACAUUUUUGUAAGUUUUUGUAAAAGUAUCAGCCAAAAAAUAUUUAAUUGCCUAUUUAUAUUUGUUUUUGACUCUUAUAAUCAGUAGUUGUAUUUAUUUGAAAAAUAAUUUCUAACAAGUUGGCUUAAAGUUCAAGAGUUGAUAGUUUGCUUAUAUUCGUAUACGUUUACUUAAGUGCCAUUAUCACUUUAAUAAAGUAGUAAUGCAAGAUAAAAUUUCGUAAUAAGCUUUGAAAUUUAUCUUAUGAAGAUAGGGAUUUUAGACUUGAGUUUUGAUAUAUGCAACCGUCAUGCAAUGAGGAAUAAAGAGACCUUCUGUAUAUUUUUUUUCAAGUUUGUCUGACUCAAUGUAAAAGACAAUAAAUAAAUUGUGAUAUUUACGACAUCUUACAGCUGCAUAUUCGAUUUUUAUUGCUCAAUAUAUGUUUGAAUGUUCAUAAUUUAAGAAGUACAACAAAAUAUGCUUUCUUGGGCGUAUAAUUAGGAACGGGCGCUAAACACGUUCCAAAAUGGAUUUAGCGUCAAAGGGUAGCGAUUGUUAUCCUUUUAUAAUUACAUCGGGCUGGCCUGGUUGAAUCCACGUAUCGUAGAAAAUUGAAACAUAACUUAUUUUCCUUUGUUACUAUAAAUACUCUGCAAAUUUAUGUAAAUUAGGAUUUGUUCUGUUAUAAAUUCAUUCAGUCUGGCCGGGGUAGUUUAAAAAGACUCAUUUAAAAUCAUAAGCAAUUUUCGUGGAUGUUACCAAAAAAAUAGGAGAAAUAAACAUUUGGUAAUCAUUCUAUGAGAAAACCCAUCUGUUCAUUUUUAUUUCAACUUUUGCGGAGUGUCAUACAUCAUUUUGUUUUUCAUGUUUUGUAUCGUCAAGAGAUAAUUUGAGAAAUACAUUAGUAUAUAAUUAUAAUUCUAUAUCUGUUGGGCUGUCUUACGUCCUUGCGUAUAGCGGCAAAAUGUUUUAGUACCGAAGGUUGUCCAGUGAUUUUAUCAGGCUGGCCUGAUUGAGUCAGCGUCUACGCAGAUAGCAUUUCCUUCUAUUGUUACGUUGAAACUUAACAUAAAUUAGUAUUAUGCAUGUUUCGUUUGUUUUACAGUCAAUUUAGAAUGUUCUGUAUGUUUAUUUUAAUAAAGAAGUAUAAUAUUUAUUUUUAUAGCUCUUUGAUUUUAAUAAAAAGAAAGGUAAAACAGCGUAAGGUUUUUCUUUAAAUAGUUAAGUGUAAGCUUUGUGCAAUAUGUAGAACUAAAUGAAAUGUUGGUACUAGUAAAGAAUUAUAAUAUCAAUUCAAAACAAAAUAAUGCAUAA